CCCCGCAGCUAUGACGUAUUGAUGACGCAUGUCCGAGCCUACUUCCACAGGCCUUGGCUGCAGCUAGCUCCAUAGCUAACAGCUAACUGAAGCCUCUCGGUAGUUUCAGUAAUUUAACUCUCAUAUGAGUUUAAUGAUUCAGCUGUGAGAGUCUGGACGGCUGCGACGCCUCGUUGAUUACUGACUACAUUUAGAACAAGCGAACAACAGCUAACAGCUGUUAGCCUGUUGUUAGCUUCAGUUUAGCUAACAGCUAACGGCUAACAGCUAACGGCUAACAGCUAACGGCUAACGAGAUCCUCUGGUCGGUGACGGGAUGAUAAAGUUCGUGCUGAUGGUGAACCGGCAGGGUCAGACCAGACUGUCCCGGUAUUACCAACCGGUGGAGCUGAGCAGGAGGUCGCUGCUGGAGGCCGACGUGGUCCGCUGUUGCCUGAGCCGCAAGAAAGACCAGUGUUCCUUUGUGGAGUACAAAGACUUUAAACUGGUUUACCGCCAGUACGCGGCUCUGUACAUCGUGGUGGGAGUCACAGACAGCGAGAACGAGCUGUCCGUCUACGAGCUGGUUCAUAACUUUGUGGAAGUUCUGGAUAAAUACUUCAGCCGGGUGAGUGAACUGGACAUCAUGUUCAACUUGGACCGAGUCCACAUCAUCCUGGACGAGAUGAUCCAGAACGGACACGUGGUGGAGACCAACAAGCGCGUCCUCGCGCCGCUCACCGCCCUUGACAAGAUGGCCGACGGCUGAGGCUCUACAGGAAGUGAUGUCACAGACUGACAUCAUCGGGAUCGUGGAGAUUAAAGGACUCCUGGAGCCUGUUAACGAUGCCGACGUCGUUCCAAUAAUCAAUGGAUCAAUCGGCGAUGGAUCAACAUGAACGGUUUCUGUUUUUAGAUCCAGUAUCUCUGCUGUUCUCCACAUCUGGAACUAAGUUAAUAAAACAUCUGGAUCUGUAAAGUAA